UUGGCUGUUCGACCUACGCUCUCAAGAUUAAGUAUCAUGUCAAAACCUGCACCGCGCACGCGAGUUGCCUACUUCCGCACAUCUUCGACGCCCGAGAGGGGCUACGAGAAGACACGCAAAGAUAGAGAGAGAUUUCUGGAAACAUAUGUACGCCAGUCUCAAUCACUAGGCAUAAAUAACGAUACGCCUCGUCAUUACUUCUACUUCACCGUUUUCACCAAAGAUGACCAACAAAUCCUUGACAUCCUGAUCGACAACUUCCCCUCACCUCCCCAGACCCGACCUGAGAUAUAUCGACAUCUCAUGUGGGGCGUCUUGAAAUCCGACAUCCACCUCCACACAUCAUCCGCUUACGCAGAAUCCGCCAACGGCCGCAGAACCCUCCAACGCUGCCUCGCCUCAGGCUUCUCGCCAACCGUUCACGACUCCUCAGACAUCGACUGCGAUAACGACCUCCUCGAGCAAUGCGACUACGUUAUCGACAUCAACUAUCUUCCAUACCAAGACCUCAAUUGGUUCUGGCAGUUUGCGCGUCCCGGAAUCCGCCAGGACAACAUGCUCAGCAACCCCAAAUACCGCGUCAGCCAACACGACAUUAGCAAAAAAGGCCUAGCUGGUCGUACCAAGUUCUCAAUCUGGGGCCACAACUCCGGAUGCUAUCAUGGAAACUACGAUUGGGGUUGUCGAGGCUGUGGGGGGAAGUGUAAGAGGGGGAGGUGUAAGGUUAAUCCGCAGCCUGAGAGGGUUGUGCCGGAGACAUAUAGGCUGCCGGAGAAGGGAAGUACGGACUCGAAGUGGAAGGAUUUAACAGCUACAGAUGUUUUGUACCGUUAUCGACUUCAACAUUACCCUCAAGCGCCGGGGAAGUGGCAUAAAGGGAGGGAUGAUUGGGGGAGUGUUGAUACGUUUAGUGAUGAUUGAAGGAAUUGAUGUUGGAAUACGUGGGUUUGGUGGCUGCGUUACAUUGAGGGAAGGGAAUAUGAAGAAAAGUCAUGAUUGGUGUUGAGACCAGCAUUCUGAAGUUGGUUCCCUUGGUGGUUACUCCCUUCUUCAU